ACCAUCAUCUUUAACAUCCACGUGUCAUAACCUGGUUGAAUCAUAAAAACAACUGCCACUUCGGAUGACUGCACCCAACGUCUGAAAUCCGGUUAACAAAAUUUCCACCUCUCAUCACUCAUUGCUACUAACAAACUCACACCAACCAAAACAAGUUGAGGGAGCGGUGCUGAAGGUGAUGGCCCUCAGAGCUACUUCCACUGCGCGUCCGCCGUCUCUGCCACCUUCGCCGCCGCUCUCUCCGCCUCCCAAGACCGUUGCUCUUCCCUCCAAAGUCAAGAUAUCAUCUUCUAGGUCGCAUCAAUUGGCAUCGCCUGCUAUCUCAGCGCCAGCCACUGCUGUUUUGCCCCUGUUUGCUCUCUUUGCAGCUCCUAAUGACUCCAGAGCUGAAAUUCUCCCGAAAGAACAAAUUGUUUCUUCUCUAACUCAGGUGGAGUCUGCAAUUGAUAAAAUUGGAGAAGUGGGAGGGAGUUUGUGGAACGGUGCCGGCCAAGUGAUUGGGGCUGUUACGGGUGCAGUGAAGCCAGGCGUAGAUGCAGCAUUGCCUAUAUUAAAGCAAGCUGGAGAGCAGGCUGUGAAGAUAGCUUCUCCAGUGGUCUCAGAGGCUUCUAAGAAAGCUCAAGAAGCUAUCCAGAGUUCAGGCUUCGACACUGAACCAGUCUUGACUGCAGCUAAGACAGUUGCUGAUGCAGCUCAGCAAACUACAAAGGUGAUUGAUGAUGCGAAACCCAUUGCUGCUUCCACUGUUCAAACCAUAUCAUCAGCAGAACCCAUUGUAAUUUUCGCAACCGGUGGUGCAUUAGUCAUUGCAUAUCUGUUACUUCCUCCCGUUCUUUCUGCCAUUUCCUUCAACCUUCGGGGUUACCAAGGCUUCCUUUCUCCUGCUCAAACCUUGGAUCUGAUGUCCACAAAGAAUUACAUUUUGGUUGAUAUACGGUCAGAGAAGGAGAAAGACAAGGCUGGUGUUCCUCGCCUUCCCUCCAGUGCUAAAAACAAAUUGAUAUCAAUUCCUUUAGAAGAACUACCCAGUAAGGUCAGAAGUCUUGUCAGGAAUGUGAAAAAAGUAGAAGCUGAGUUGGUGGCACUGAAGAUCUCUUAUCUUAAGAAGGUCAAUAAAGGUUCCAACAUCGUGAUAUUGGACUCGUACUGUGAUUCGGCUAAAAUAGUUGCUAGAACCUUGACGAAACUUGGGUUCAAGAAUACCUGGAUUGUGGCUGAUGGCUUCUCUGGAAGCAAAGGGUGGCUCCAAAGCCGCCUUGGAGCGGAUUCUUAUAACGUAUCUUUUGCUGAAGUUGUGUCGCCGUCGCGAGUUAUUUCUGCAGCAAGUAGAAGAUUCGGUACAACUAGCUCAGCCAAAUUACUUCCUGGGGGCUCAGAUUAAUGUUUUUAUACUUGUGAUUAUCGCCAUUUUUCCAGUUACAUUCUUAGGGUGCUUGUAAUGGUGACCUUUUUAUCUAAAAAAAGUUGAAGAAGCUGGGUAUA